ACCUCCCCUCCAGUCUUGCACAGGUGUACCGGCUCCUCCCCUCCAGUCUUGCACAGGUGUACCGGCUCCUCCCCUCCAGUCUUGCACAGGUGUACCGGCUCCUCCCCUCCAGUCUUGCACAGGUGUACCGGCUCCUCCCCUCCAGUCUUGCACAGGUGUACCGGCUCCUCCCCCUCCGGUCUUGCACAGGUGCAUCGGCUCCUCCCCUCCAGUCUUGCACAGGUGCAUCGGCUCCUCCCCUCCAGUCUUGCGCAGGUGCAUCGGCUCCUCCCCUCCAGUCUUGCACAGGUGCAUCGGCUCCUCCCCUCCGGUCUUGCACAGGUGCAUCGGCUCCUCCCCUCCGGUCUUGCACAGGUGCAUCGGCUCCUCCCCUCCGGUCUUGCACAGGUGCAUCGGCUCCUCCCCUCCGGUCUUGCACAGGUGCAUCGGCUCCUCCCCUCCGGUCUUGCCCAGGUGCACCGGCUCCUCCUCUCCGGUCUUGCCCAGGUGCACCGGCUCCUCCUCUCCGGUCUUGCCAGGUGCACCGGCUCCUCCUCUCGGGUCUUGCCCAGGUGUACCGGCUCCUCCUCUCCGGUCUUGCCCAGGUGUACCGGCUCCUCCUCUCCGGUCUUGCCCAGGUGUCCGGCUCCUCCUCUCCGGUCUUGCCCAGGUGUACCGGCUCCUCCUCUCCGGUCUUGCCCAGGUGUAGCGGCUCCUCCCUUUCGGUCUUGCACAGGUGUAGCGGCUCCUCCCCUCGGUCUU